AUGGUGGCGGUUGCUUACGUCCCUACAGAAGGAGGAAUGCAGGGCGCCGGCUACGUCGCCGUGGUCGCGCGCCUCCGCUCCUGCCGGGCGCGCGUCGUGCCCUCGUCCACGUGCGACUUCUCGGCCGUGCGCCGGCUCAUGUGCGGCGAGGUGGGCUACGAGGCGCCCGUCGUCUACGCCAACAUCCUCCUGGGCACCGCGCCGCCGCUGGGCGCCGUCGCGGCCUCCUACGCGCUCAUCCUCCGCGAGUGCCGCGGGCAGCGGCUCCCCGGCGGGCGCCGGAGGGCCCUGAGCACGUGCGUCACGCACCUGCUCCUCGUGCUCGUCUACUUCACGUCGAUCUUCUUCACGUUCGCCACGGGCCUCAGGCUGGGCGCGACCAUGUCCGGCGAGGGGGUGACCGCCCUCCAGACCGUCCAAGUCAUCCUGCCGCCCGUGCUGAACCCAGUCAUCUACGGACUCAGGACGGCGGAGGUCAGGCGAGGGCUGGCGAGGUUGUUGCCAACUAAAAUAUGGCCCAGCAGUUAG